AUGCGGGCAGAGCAGGAGGCGGGGAGCCGGGCGGUGAGGAAGGGCGAGGCAGAGACACGGCGCGUGGAGGAGGCUCUUCAGAGUCUCCAGAACGAACUGCUGGUUGACCUCUCAGAAGGCAUCAAGGAGGUGAAGGAGGCCAGAGAGCGGGACUUCUCUUCCCUGGAGAAGACGGUGGAGGAGCGUCUGGCUGAGUUGAGUGCCUCCAUCGCGGCCAGCGUGACCGAGUUCACCGAGGCCCAGGGCGAGACUCAAAGUCAGCUGGCUGACCUCAAAGCCCGUCUGGACGACAUGGAGGACCCGGCGCUGAUCAGGCAGGAACUGUCCGCCAUUGUCGACACCGUCGCCGGGCUCAGCUCCACUAAGCAGGCUGCCGAUGAGUCUGCCUAUUCGCUGAGGGAGCAGAUCACUACGGUGGGGGCGGAGCUCCAGACCCGUAACCAAGAAAUAGCCUCGAUGUCGCAGGAAGUGGAGGCAGUAAGAUUGCUGGUGCAGGAAACAGCAGGGAGCUUGCGGCAGCAGGUGUUGGGGGCAGAGGCGGGCAUCCAGGGGUUGACAGAUCAGGGCCAGAACCUGCAGAGCGGGCUGGAGCUGGCCACUGAAGCUUUACACAGUCUGGAGAAGGAACUGCGGGGGGAGUCGGCCAGGGCUGAGCAGAGGUCCGACGGUCUGGAGGUCCGACUAAAAGUGGCGGAGGACGGUGGAGACUCCCUGGUGGCGUCGCUAACAGGCCUGACUUCCAAGGUCGAGGCCCUUCUCGCCAAGUACGAUUCCCACGAGAGCACGCUAGCUGCCCAGGGCACGGCAGCCGAGAAGGCCCGGGCCACCCUACAGGGAGAGCUAGAGGAGCUGAAGGGCAGCCUAGGAGAGCUCCAGUCCAACGUGAUCGAACUGAGUGGCACUCAGACCAAGCUGGCCUCAAGGGACUCUAGCCUGGGGCAGCAGAUAGAGGGGCUAGAGCAGAAGCUAGAAGCCCUGGGGGAAGCCUCCAAGUCAACCAGCCACCCCCCACCAGAGCUGGAGAAGCUGAAGAACACCGUGGAUGGCCUGGUGGGGAAAUGCUGCCAAGCUGGAGAGCCAUGA